AUGAGGGAUCUGUUCUAUGUCGACAUCGAUCUUAAAUGGACUAAAGGAAUCAAGCGGCACGGUAACCGGAAUAUUUUCAUUCUUACAAAGAGUGCUGUUCCAAUGUUGUGUCCCGUGCUCCAUAUCCUGGCUCUUGCAAUCAUCGAUGGCGCGCUGGAAGUCGAACCGUUCUCGGAUUCAGCAGCUGCACCGCGACGACUUUUUCGUACGAGGGUCGGAAAUGUUGUUGAGACUAGGACUAUACACAUUAAAGACUUAUGUCGUGAAUGGCCCAUUUUCCGGGCCCCUGAGGAUGAUGUUCUUCCGCUUUCCCGGGGCGCUUACAACGGCCAGCAGCAACGAUUGGGAUUACAUGCUGGGUAUCCCCAACUGCUGCGAUCAUACGACUUUCGACGAGGCGCUGGCGAGGUAGUCAAUAUGACGCACUUGAGGACCCGUCGCGACCCCCGCGCCCCAGCCCGUCUCUCAGCUAACGCGAAACUCGAGGUGAAGGAGACGCCGGAGUUUCGAGAGAAAUGCCGGGUGCGAGAUCGAUUUUGCACAGAGAUUCGUAAGACGUAUGGUACCAUCUUAAACGCAAAGGCCACCAACCCUGAUAAGCCUUUACUGAAGCAAUAUUCGGAGGCGUUAAAAACAGUCAAUAGCCUUCGCCAAAAGCUAGAGAGGGAAGCCUUGAAUGCACUUCGAGCUAACUACUUUCGAAACAGAGACACAGUCGAGAUCAACGCCGAGUUCCAGGGCGGUCCUAGAGAGCAACAGGAAGAGUUUAGCACUAAAGAUGCGCCUACUGGCCACCCACAAGUGAUUGCCACAGGCAAGCUAAUCAUCAAAGGCUUUUCUCAUCCUGAAAUCAGUGGGGAUAUCCAGACGGGAGAGCGAAUCCAUGUUCUUGAGUAAAUGGCCCGAUUGGGCAGGGUGACGGAAUGCUCGAGACGAGAGCGGAGACUGAUCCCGAGUGGACAAGAGACCGAGGUUAAGGUUGAUGCUAUGUUAGAAGAAGACGUUAAGUCAGAGAGUGAUGGGCCAACGCCGUUGUUGCUAUCGCAAUGCAUCUUCUGCCGACAUGAUCAGACUCUCCCUCCCAGUAUCCGGAUCUAUGAGUUCUGUGCUGCCUACAAAAUGAGGGAGCACGUCGAGAAGAUACACCUACGCGCUGAGGGUGCCAUAUCAUGUCCAGAUCCGUGCUGUCAUGACUUGGAGUUCGACAGCCGGAUGCACUUCAAGAAUCAUGUGGCUACAGUACAUAGUAUCCGCCUUCAUGGUACGUGCUUCUUCAGAUAAUCGGCGGUGUUUCUGCUAACAAAUAGCGAAGUUGACAAAACGAUG